AUGAAAAAAUUACCUAGUAGUUAUUUGGAGCCUAAAAUAUUUGAUAACAAAUACAUCAUCAAAUAAAAAUUGAGUUCUGGGUCUUUUGGAAUUGUUUAUUUGGCAAUUCAUAAAGUUACACGCGAAGAAGUGGCUGUGAAAUUGGAAAAAGGAGAAUAAGAAACAUUAGAUAGAGAAGUUUACUUGCUCACUAAAUUGUAAGGCAUCUAAGGCAUUACUAAACUUUACUGGUUCGGGAGUGAGUAAAACUAUAAUGUUAUGGUCAUCGAAAUCCUUGGCAAAGACUUAGGAUAUUAUAUAAAACAUUACAAGCAAUUAUCUUUGAAAACUGGUUUACAAUUAUUGGAAUAGCUAAUAACAAUAUUUAGUUUUGUACACAACAAAGGAAUUGUUCAUAGAGAUUUAAAACCUGAAAAUAUAAUGAUGGGUAAAAUCAAUUCAGCACAAGCAUUUUUAGUUGAUUUUGGAGUUUCUAAAUAGAUUUUCGAUCAAGGAAAGCAUAUGUAAAUGUUAACAAUAAUAAACUUAGACCUUUUCGAGAUAAAAAGUCAUUUAUUGGAACAACUCGAUAUGCCUCCAUUGCUGCGCAUAGAGGAUAUGAAAUCGGCAGAAAAGAUGAUCUAGAAUCUCUUAUGUAUGUUAUUAUAUAUCUUAUAUUGGGGUAAACAUGUUAAUUAGAUUUAUUAGCAAAUUACCAUGGCAAAAUCUAUAGAAUAUUGGGGAUAAAGAUAGAACGAUUGUUGUUGGAGAAGUCAAGAUGCAAACUACAAUCUCGUAACUCUGUAAAGAUUUGCCUCCAGCUUUCUCAGAAUAUCUGAAGUAAAGUGAUCAUCUUAACUAGUUAUUUAAAAGGGCUUAAGUAUUAAGACAAGCCUGAUUAUGAUUUAUUAAAGAAAAUUAUGAGACAAUGUUCAGAUGCAAAUACUUAUGAUAAUUAAUUCGAAUGGACUGAUAAAAUACAAGAGAAGUCCGGAGAACCUAAAUAAUAAAGUUCUUUCUUAGCUGUUCCGAAUGGUUUAAAUGAUCAACAAAGAUAAGGCACAAAAAAAUAAUCUUAUAUGGGUACUGAUUCGAUUUAGUUUAGGUUCUCAAUCUUCUAAUAUAGUUAAAUAUAUUCCUUCUUACCAAGAAGCAAUUCCUAUAAAAUCUUAACCUCAAAAAAUCAUAUUAAGUCAACCUCAUAUUGAAGUUUUAAAACAAAUUGAUACAGUUGACUUUGAUGACAUUGAAGAAAACAUGAAAAAUUAUCCCACUUUAGAAUAAAAAUUGUUGAGAUUACAAGAAUUUGAUGCUAAGUUCAAGGAUCAAUGCAUAUCUCAUUCUGCAAUUCAUGUUUUUGAACAUUGA